GACGCGUCGAUUGCCAUUAAGUUUCACGUGGAAAGAGAGAAACAUCCGGAAAAGUUUAACAGCCGUAUGAAGAACAAGAUGUGGUACUUCGAGUUCGCCACUUCCGAGACAUUCUUCGCCACCUGCAAGAACUUACACGAAGACAUUGACAUUAUGUGCGAUGGCCAACAGUUGGACCUAAAGAGCGGUCCGUCACUGCAGGGAAUCGCUGUGUUGAACAUACCGUCCAUUUACGGCGGUUCUAACCUAUGGGGCGAUACUUCGAGUCAAAAGAAUAGAAAUAAAUUACUGACAAAAAAAAGGAGGAAAGAUAGGGAGCACUCGAGUACUAGUCUGUCGAGCGUUGAUCUGUCCAUCGCUGUCCAGGAUAUCGGCGACAAACUAAUCGAAGUGAUUGGUGUAGAGAAUUGCAUGCAUGUCGGUCAGGUCAAGGCUGGCCUCAGGGCAUCCGGACGACGACUGGCCCAAUGCAGUUGCGUUGUCAUCAGGACUAGAAAACGAUUUCCAAUGCAAAUCGAUGGCGAGCCGUGGAUUCAACCGCCCUGUACUAUUCAGAUCAGCCAUAAGAACCAAAUGCCCAUGCUGAUGGCCGCACCACCCGUACCAAAGUCACGAUCUGCCAUCUCUUUUAUCCGCAGGUGUUGUCGACAGUCGUCUAUAGAGGAAAUCGAUGACAUCGAGAACUCGACGUCUUAGCCCAUGUCUUGUUAUGUUUGGCCAACAAAUU